AUGAACGGAAACUUGCUCACAGCCUCGCCGCGAAUCGCUGUGAAGUUGUCAGGAACACAAGCUGUUUACCGCGCUGCCUUUCUCCUGGCUUUCUACAGCCAUGACGUUGAUAACAUGUUCACCAUCUACAACUUACACUAUCUUGUUCCUAUCCUUGAUCUUCCGCUUUCCAGCUGGGAUGUCAGAAGCAUGACACGAGCCGUGCUGAACAGCUCCUGGUGUACAUGGGGUCAAGUGAAGAUGUGGCUAUCAGAUAACCUGCUGUACGCUAUCACACAGUUCCAAGCCAUCGCUAAGGAGAAGUGUCUCCCUCUCUUCAUCAAGCGUUUCCUAGAAGGACAGAGCGAUCUGGAAGUUCUGCUGGGGCGGUGCAUGUCCGGUGAAGAUGAGGAUAACCGCUGGUUGCAACUAGAGACGUGCAUGUGGGACGUCCGCUUGCAGAGGGAUAGUGACAUCUAUGAAGAUGAGCAGGAGAAAGACGCUGCGAUUGACCGAAAUUAUGACCUGAAUGCUUAUACCGCCGAUUGGGACUUUGAGCUCAUCUUCCAGUGUCAGAUGCGAGUUUUUGGGGUUUUGACCCUCGGCGAUGAGAAGGCACAAAGUUACAACCUGCAUUAUAACGAUGCCUUUCGCAAUGUUGUCGCUCAGAUCAUAGGAUCUGAUACCGAGGACGUACAACAGCAACCAUCACUGGACUUCUGGCGCCUCCUCGACGAACGAGCCCUGCGGGCAACUCGCAAUGCAAAUUGGCUGCGCGAGACCCUCGCCAUCGAGUACUUCUUCUAUGCUGAAGAUCAGCCUUACAAAGUUUCUCCACGUCUGUACAGAGCUGCCGCCUUGGCCGACAUAAUCCUCGAGGAGAGUUCUUAUACAGAAGGAUCUAUUCAUGUUCCGGUGCUUUAUGUGCUUUUUCAGGUUGACCCCCGGGGUCUACCAAGGGAAGAUCCAGCAUUGUUAGGCUGGGCAGCAAAAGCCCGUAAAAGGAUACUCGAUUUCUUUGACAACCUGGGAGAUUUGCAGUGCGAAGUGGCUGAACAAAGGCACAAGCGUGGUGACACACUCAACAAUGGUGAUUGGUGGAGGUAUAGCGCUUUGGAACUCGAGUACAGAUUCCGGUACGAGAUGGAUUGGAAAAUUGCUUCAUACAUCAAAACCGGCUCUCUGGGAGAAUCACUUCCGGACCCAUCAGCUCCCGAUUUCACGCAGCCGCUAGAGUGGCUGGGGGAGAGACUCAAUUCUUGGCCAAAAGCGCUUGACGAAGCCAGGAAGCUCUCCUACCCUACCCUGAGGGGCAAAGACGUUGAUAUCUUCCACGGGGACGUCGGUGAAACUUGGGACCACCCCUUCCCCUCUGAGCAAGAAGACGUGGAGCAGGCUCUUUACGACCAUUUCGACACGAUUGACAUAGAAAUCGAAUGGGACGCAAACUUCCGCCUUGAUAGGAUUAGCAGAGCGGAGGCUCACUAUGCUCUCACUACCCCCGACGCAUAUUACCAAAGCGAUUCCAAUACCACAUAUGACGGGCUUUUCGCCAGACAUGGUCUCUGGACCAUGGAUGAAUCCGAGUCCGACGGUGAGGAGAACACGGUCAGUAACGAAUGGGACAAUGAGGACGAGUACGAAGAGCAAAACAACAUCGAUGCCGAGGGCCACGUCGGGUGGAUGAACAACCUUCGCCAUGGACUUCUGGACGAGACACCGAUUGAAGUGCACCGCAACCUCUGGGGCCUUGACUUUGCUGUGAUGUUCCCGAAUGACUUUCACCCAAUGCCCUCGACAGACACUGAGUUGAUUGAGCCAGUCUACGGGCCACCCCAAUGGUUCCAUCCAGCAGAGAAGCCAUACUUUGAAGAACUUGAUCAAGUACACAGUGCGAAGAAGAUCCAGAGCACAAUCCAGCGGCGCUGA